UUAUCCCACUUUGGAUACUUCGGGGCCAUUACUCUGCCAUGAACAAUUUUACCCUGUGACUUGAGCAUAUGUUACAUGGAUGACAGUUGCCAAAAAGACCGCAGUGUUCACAAUGCCUCCCCAAACCUUUUGCUCUUUAUCUGAAACACUUUUUGGAAACUAAAUUCUCCUUUUACGUGAAAAUCGGAAACCUUUCAAAUGAAUCCAUACAAAGAUUUUCAUUCAACCACAUUUAUACAGAUUAAAGGUGACUGCAUACAAUAAAGGGAAAGUAUCCUAAAAUCAAUACAGUCAUGGUAAAUUCAUGGAUAACGACUGUGUGUAAGUAGGCCUACUGUCAAAGACGAUAUGCGUUGUCCCCGGGGCCAAACACAAUGCUAAGGACAAGGGAUGGAGCAGCUCACAUGAUUAAGUUGUGACUGUCUUCUGAGGCUGUGGGUGUGUGAAUGUGUGUCUUUUUUUUCAUCGAUGAGAGAGCGAGUGUCUCACUAGCCUCAUUGUCCUUCAUGUUAGGCUGAUGAGAAGCACCAGUCCGUGGGCUGGCUUCCUCCUGGACGGGCUCUGGUUUAUCAUCUGGAGUACGGACCUCUGCUGAACGAGGAGCCGCGGCUGGGCCCUGAAAAUGGGAAGCUGAAAAUUAGGCUGUGAAUAAAGUAUAAAGAAACCCUUCAGAGCGCCUACAGGGACAGAUGCAUUGUGGAGUUAAAACCAAAAGAAGUUCUUUUGCCAUUGUGCGUCUGGAAUAUCAACCAUUGACUCUAAAUGGGUUCUGCCUUCAUGAAGUUCUGCUGCUGCUGCUGCAUCACCAGUGACAACGACGAUGAGGAUGACGAAAAGCAGCCUUUACUACCUCCGGAUCCGUUGGAGUAUUUUAACCGUGAAGUCCAGAAGCGUCGUGAUGAGGAGACCAACCUGUGGAGUGAGCCAGGAGACCCCAGCCACUCAGAGAGAAAAGAUGACCGGGUGCUUUACAGCCUGCUGCAGGCCAGAAACAAGACCCCCAUGGGAUCCACAGGCUAUCGGCGACUAAGUGUUGACAUUGAGGCCAUGAGAGAUACUCGUCGGGAAGUCAGAGACAAAUGGAAGCAAAUCCUGGAGAACUUAGGUUUCAUGGCAGAGGCAGACUCGCUGCUGACGGUGUCAGCUGGAGCCUCACAUGACCGUAUGCGUAACGCCCCUGCAGCACGUGAAUUGCUUCAUACACUCCACACUGAGACUUCCCUCUUCAGCAGCAGGCAGCCCCCUCCAGAAAGAUAUCUACUAAUCCUGGAUCGUCUCCUCUAUCUAGAUAUUGCAGAAGAUUUUCUGGCUAAGGCAAAGCGCUUCUAUCCUCCGACGGAUAAUUCUGAAGAGGAUGAGCCGGGCCUUGCUAUAAACCUGCCGCUGCUGCUGGCCAGAGUAGAGGCCUCCAUGAACGGAAAAGGCAAUGAAGAAGAAAGUGAGGACGACAGCGGAGGAGAAGGAAACUUGAGUGACAGAUCUUGAGAUCUACUGGCUGCAGUAAUAAUAGACACAAGGCAGGGGGCAGUAGCCAUCAACCUUGAAGACCAGGAUAACAGAAAUGCAUAGCUCAAACCAUCAAGUGUCUUUUGCUGCUUCUUGGCAGUUUUAGGCUGAACAAUUUCUAGUUUCUCACCAAUUUUGCAGCUCGAGUCUUAGUGGGCUUUCUCGUGUUGAAAUCUUAUGUUGCUUUGCUGAUUUUCUGGUUAAUUUUACUGUGGUGUUCCAUGUCCGUGUCUUGUUUUUCCAUCUACCAGUGUUUAUUAGGAUCUUAGCUUGCUCAUUGUUUAGCUGUUGCGAAGCUUCAGGGUAGAGACGUUCCUUUUAGCAGAGCCUCUUUAUAUUUUGUCCUAUGAUUAUCAGCCCACAUUUUAUUCAAUCACAUGAUCGGUUACAACACUGAAUAAAUAGCCCACUAAACUGCUGUCAGAUUUUCUUAAGUUUCACAAGAAUUUAUAUUUGUGUAAUUGUAAAGUCUGCAUUUGGCUCAUAAAAUGUUGGAAAGAUAGCAGAUGGAAGUACAUUAUGUAAGACAUUUUGCAUCGGUUGUGUAUGUGUCUUGUGUGACUUUGAGGUAAUGCACAGGGGUGUUUUUUCCCCUCCAGCAAUUUACUGAAAAUGUGAAAGCCAUUUGAAAGUUUGUGCAUGUGAUCACAUGUCCAGUUUAUGAUUAAAUAAAGUUCCAGCCUGAAGCCUG